AAUAUGUCGACUAUAUCGAGCCCUUUGUCUAUCGAUGGGACACGUCAGUCCGGCGAUUCCGUGCGCACUCAGAACGUUACGGCCGCACUGGCCAUAGCCAAUAUCGUGAAGAGUUCGCUGGGUCCGGUCGGCCUGGACAAGAUGCUGGUCGAUGAUAUUGGGGACGUGACCAUUACCAAUGAUGGCGCCACCAUACUGCGCCUGCUCGAGGUGGAGCAUCCGGCGGCCAAGGUGCUGGUCGAGCUGGCCCAGCUGCAGGACGCCGAGGUGGGCGACGGCACCACCUCCGUGGUGCUAUUGGCCGCCGAGCUGCUGCAGAAUGCCGACGAGCUGGUGAAGCAGAACAUUCAUCCGACCUCGAUUAUAUCGGGCUAUCGCCUCGCCUGCCGUGAGGCCUGCAAAUUCAUAUCCGAGCGUAUGACCGUGCCCGUGGAGUCGCUGAACCGCGAGUCCGUGGUCAGCAUUGCCCGCACUGCGAUCGGCUCCAAGAUCAUUGGGGCCGAUGCUGAUUUCUUUGCCAACAUGAUCGUGAGCGCGGUGCAGGCCGUCCAGUUUGUGGAUGACAAGUCGGCGCCGGGCUACGCCAUCAGCUCGAUCAAUGUGCUGAAGGCCCACGGCAAGUCGGCCCGCGAAUCGAUGAUGUUCAAGGGCUAUGCGCUGAACUGCGCCCUGGCCUCCCAGCAGAUGCCCAAGCGGGUGGUCAAUGCGAAGAUCGCGUGCCUGGACUUUGGCCUGCAGAAGACCAAGAUGAAGGUGCACGUCCAGGUGCUGAUCAACGAUCCCGACAAGCUGCAGGCCAUUCGUGCCCGUGAGAUGGACAUCAGCAAGGAGCGCAUCGCCCUGAUUCUGCUGACCGGCGUCAAUGUCGUCUUCUGCAGUGGCGGCGUCGAUGAUCUCUGCAUGAAGUACUUUGUCGAGGCCGGCGCCAUGGCGGUGCGUCGCGUCAAGAAGAACGAUCUGAUGGUCAUUGCCCGGGCCACGGGUGCCACCUUCCUGAGCUCGCUGACUAACUUGGACGGCGAGGAGAGCUUCGAUGCCUCGAUGGUGGGCGAGGCCGCCGAGGUGGUCGAGGAGCGCAUCUGCGAUGACGAUCUGAUCCUCAUCAAGGGCCCCAAGGCACGCGCGGCCGUCUCCAUCAUACUGCGCGGCCCCACCGACUCCUACUGCGACGAGAUGGAGCGCUCCGUCCACGACGCCCUCAGCGUGGUGAAGCGUGUGCUCGAGAGCAAGAAGGUCGUCGCUGGCGGCGGCUGCAUAGAGGCCGCCCUCUCCAUCUACCUGGAGGGCUACGCCACGUCGCUGUCGUCGCGCGAGCAGCUGGCCAUCAUGGAGUUCGCCAAGUCGAUGCUGGUCAUCCCGAAGACCCUGGCCGUCAAUGCCGCCCAGGAUGCCACCGAGCUGGUCGCCAGGCUGCGCGCCUUCCACAACUCGAGCCUAAACAAUCCCACCUAUGGGCAUCUCAAGUGGGUGGGCCUCAACCUCACCGACGGCGUCGUGCGCGACAACAAGAAAGCCGGCGUACUGGAGCCGGCCAUUUCCAAGAUCAAGUCCCUCAAGUUCGCCACAGAGGCGGCCAUCACCAUUUUGCGCAUCGACGACAUGAUCAAGCUCAAUCCCGAGGACAAGAGCACCAAGACCUAUGACGAUGCCUGCGCCGCUGGCGAGCUGGACGGUUAGAUAGUUCCCCCCUCUCAUCUCAUCCACUUGCCUGAGCACACACUCUUAAUCACCAAGAUCUUAUA